AUGAAAAAUUGAUGCACCCGACUGGAUUGAGAUUGAGGCAAAGAUUCGCUUUCUUAGCUCCCUUCAUUACCAACUUAGGUUUAAUCAUAUCUAAACCGAAUGAAGUCAUGGCGUAUGUACUCAACCGUUUUAUGGCCAGCAUAAAUUCAGAAAAGUUGUUCUUUUUACCGUUUAAUACCGGCAACGGUGGACAUUGGUUGUUGGUCGCGAUUAAUCCUAUCAGUGAAGUUGUAUAUUUUCUGGAUUCCUUACACAAUCCAGUUAGUACAUACGAAGCUAUGAAGAAUUUGGUUGAUACCGUUAUACAAGUUUUUCGAGCACAAAGAGGAAGUCAAGUACCAAAGAGUAAAGCCAACAACAUCACAUGGAUUCAAGUGGAGUGUCCUGGGCAGCGUAAUGAAGUAGAAUGCGGUUUUUACAUGUUGCAGUUUAUGAAAGAAAUUCUUCUUUCGAAUCAAAUAGAGAUUCCGUCCAAGUAUUUUGACGACUUCAAGUGUGCUACUUACUCAAAAUCUAAGUUGGAUGAACUUAAGGAGGAAUGGUGUCAAUUCAUGAUUGAGUUGAAAGUUGUAUAGGUAUACUGAAAUUUUACUAUAAUUGAUGAGAAUUUUGAGUAUAGCCAAGUGCAUGUUGCAAUAUUUGAUUUAUCUACAUAGAUUAUUAAGUGAUAUGUAGGCCGUUUGAAAUACA